AUGGAUGGUCCAGUAGAACGGUUUUAUCUUGAGCCGGACCCCACUAAAGGCAAGAAAUUCAGAGUUCUCUUGAAUCCAACGGAACUUGAAGAGAGACAAGCUAAAGAUUUCCUUGAUCGGAUGGAAAUCAAACAAAACCGCAUUUGCUACAAGGAAGCGGAUGCUCAGUUCACCUACUGGAGCAACAUAACAGACGAAUCCGAAGCCAAAGCGGCGAAAAUAACUGAACUGACGGCCAAAUCGAGAGACUAUGAGUUGCUGGAACACAUUUGGGUCACUUGGCGAAACGCGACUGGUCGGAAAAUGAGGCAACUUUACACAAAUUACAUGACGAGUGAAAACGAUACUGCGAAGAAGAAGGGAUUCGCAAAUGCAGCCGACAUGUGGACGGAUUCGUACAACGUGAGCACUUUCCACUCGGAUAUCGACAAGGUUUGGCAAGAACUCGCUCCGUUGUACAAAAAAUUGCACGCUUUUGUACGGCUAAAACUCGUGGACGUGUAUGGGGACAAAAUUGACAAGAAAGGACCGAUUCCAGCUCAUAUCACAGGAAACCCAUGGGCGCAAGCAUGGAAUUACCUGGAGGACAUCGUUCAACCCUUCAAAGGAUUACCAUCCAUUGAUGUCACCGAAUCACUCAACAACCAGGGAUACACAGUUGUAAAAAUGUUCAAAACAGCAGAGGAAUUCUUCACUUCACUGGAUUUGAUGCCCAUGACAAAGACAUUUUGGAAGAAAAGUGUGUUAGUUCGACCCCCGGGUGUCGAAAUGGCUUGCCACGCGUCAGCUUGGGACAUGUGCUCCGCGGGUGACGAUGAAGACUUUAGAAUCAAGAUGUGCACUCAGAAGAACCAUGCAGAUUUUCUCACAGCACACCAUGAAAUGGGACAUAUUCAAUAUUUUAUGCAAUACCGACAUCAUCCACGCCAAUUCCGUGAUGGUGCAAAUCCUGGUUUUCAUGAAGCAAUUGGGGACACAUUGGCAUUGUCUGUGGCGACGACGAAACAUUUGAAGAGAGUCGGCUUGUUGACACCAACUCAGAAACGUCUACAUCUUUUCAAGGAAAACGAAUUGGACCUCAACUACUUGAUGAAAGUCGCUCUUGACAAAAUUGCCUUCCUUCCUUUCGGAUACAUCGUCGACAAAUGGAGAUGGGAUCUCUUCAAAGGAAUUGCUUCUCUGGACAAAAUGAAUGCUCACUGGUGGAAACUCAGAGAAGAAAUUCAGGGUUUGAAAGCACCUGUGCCGAGAACAGAAGAGGAUUUGGACCCAGGAGCCAAAAACCACGUUGCGACAGGAUCAAAAUACGUGGCGUACUUCGUCAGCUUUAUCAUUCAGUUUCAAUUUUACGAGGCGUUGUGCAAAAUAUCUAAGGAAUACGAACCGAACAAUCCCGAAAAGCCGCUUCAUCGCUGCGAUUUCUAUCAGAACCUCGACGCCGGAGACGUUUUCAGGGAGGGCAUGAGACAAGGAUCAUCUUUACCUUGGCCAGAUGUGAUGCAAAUAAUCACAGGUCAAAGAAGCAUGACUGCAAAGCCUCUGAGGACUUACUUUUUACCUCUAGAAAAGUACCUGGAGAAAGAACUUGCUGCUGCAGAAGAAUGCAUCGGUUGGGGAAGUUUACUCUUCUUUUUUGGCGCUUUUUACAGUGUCUGUGGCGGCCCAAAGACGCAGCUCCAGCAUCCCGCUGAAACUGGACCCAAAAACUUAUUAGAAUUCCAAGGCCAGGUGGAAAAAGCAAAUGUGAAAGGUCUAAUACCGAUCAUUAUGUCGAAUGCUUCAGUCUGGGUGAUUGUGAAAAUCGCAGUUCUGUUUAUCAAUUAUUCCAAUCGAAUGAAUGCUGCGAUCAGCAAUUCCGUCGAUGGUUCCAUCGAACGUUUUUAUCUCGAACCUGACCCGACUCAACUCAAGUCCUUCCGAGUUAUUUUGAGUCCAACUGAAAUCGAACAGGGACAAGCGAAAGAUUUCCUGGACCGGAUGGAAGUCAAACACAACCACGUUUGCCACCUGGCAAGUGCUGCUCAGUUCGAAUAUGAGUCCAACAUCACGGAGGAAUCGGAAGCCAAAGCUUUGCGAGGAGCUGCUGACGAAAUGUCGAAGAUAUAUUCAACUGCAACCAUUUGCUUGCCUGAUGGUAAAUGCGGACUGCAUCUGGACCCCGAAAUAACUGAACUGACGGCCAAAUCGAGAGACUAUGAGUUGCUGAAACACAUUUGGGUCGCUUGGCGAGACGCGACCGGCCGGAAAAUGAGGCAACUUUACACGAAUUACAUGACAAGUGAAAACGACACUGCGAAAAAUGAGGGAUUCGCAAAUGCAGCCGACAUGUGGACGGAUUCGUACAACGUGAGCACUUUCCACUCGGAUAUCGACAAAGUUUGGCAAGAACUCGCUCCGUUGUACAAAAAAUUGCACGCUUUUGUUCGGCUAAAGCUCUUUGACGUGUAUGGAGACAAAAUUGACAAGAAAGGGCCGAUUCCAGCGCAUAUCACAGGGAAUCCGUGGGCUCAAGCGUGGAAUUAUCUGGAAGACAUUGUGCAGCCAUUCAAAGGACUGCCUCACAUAGAUGUCACCGAGUCACUCAACAAUCAGGGAUACACGGUUCUCAAAAUGUUCCGAACAGCGGAGGAGUUUUUCACGUCGAUUGGUUUGAUGCCGAUGACGUCGACGUUCUGGAAUAAAAGCGUCCUUGUUCGUCCACCGGGUGUCGAGAUGAUUUGUCACGCGUCAGCUUGGGACAUGUGCUCUGCUGAAAAAGACGACUUCAGGUUUGUUAGUUCAGAAGCAAAACAGGUCUUUAUCGCAAGCAUGAAA